CAUAUCCUCAACUUGGUAAUGCAAUAGCCAAUAAUUUAGGGCCAAAAGCGACAAUAAAAAAAUAAAGGUUCUUGGUUAUGACGAAUCUGGGACUCAAACUACUCAACUUCACCAAUACAGUACUACCAAAGUCCCACUUCAAUUCCAUCUCUCUUUUCUCAGUCUCCACUGUGGCCAGAAAACCAUUCUUCGCGGGCAGGCCCUUCAUAUAUAGGAGUUUACAAGUUUUAUCAGUCAUGGAUAAUGCUGGAGGGAUACCCACAAAAGAUUCUGCAGUCGGUGUAGAUGCUUCAGUCGAAGAAGAGUAUGCUUCUGUUUCUAAGCUGCUUCAAGAAUUCACAGAUAUCCCUACCAUUGACAAAGCAUGGACUAUCAAAUCUGAGAGUGAAGAUGUUUCUCGUGCUAUGUUUUUAAUCGGCCAGCCAAACAUGUUGUCCAACAAGAGGCGGAAAUCAAUAUUAUCGAGUCAUAUCUUUUGGAAGAGUAACAACUCUGUGAGUUUUCAGUGGGCCCCAUUUCCAGUUGAGAUGACUGGUGUGUCUACAAUGGUUCCGUCUCCAUCAGGAUCAAAGCUUCUUGUAGUUCGAAAUCCUGAAGGAGAUUCCCCAACGCACUUUGAGAUAUGGGGCCCGUCUGGAGUUAAGAAAGAGUUCACAGUUUCGCGCUCUAUCCAUGGAUCUGUAUAUUCAGAUGGAUGGUUUGAAGGCAUUUCAUGGGACUUAGAUGAAAAUCACAUAGCGUACGUUGCUGAGGAACCUGAACCUCCCAAACCCACAUUCAGUAAUAAUAUUGGUUACAAAAAAGAAGGCACCACCGAUAAGGACUGUGGUAGCUGGAAAGGUCAGGGCUUUUGGGAAGAGGAUUGGGGAGAAUCCUAUGCCGGUAAAAGACAGCCUGCACUUUUCGUUAUCGACGUUAACAGUGGUGAAGUACGUGCUGUCAAGGGAGUAGGAAGAGAGUUGAGCGUCGGGCAAGUUGUGUGGGCCCCACCGACCGAAGGCCAGCAGUAUCUGGUUUUUGUUGGGUGGCCAUCACAUAGUAGGAAAAUGGGUAUCAAGUAUUGUUAUAACAGGCCUUGUGCUUUGUAUGCGGUCAAAGCUCCAUUUUUUGGAUCGGAGGGUAGUGUAACCGGCAGAGGUAAGGAAGCUGAAGAUUCACUCAUUAUAAAGCUAACCCUGAGCAUUAGUAGUGCAUUUUUCCCUCACUUCAGCCCAGACGGGAAAUUUCUUGUAUUUUUGUCUGCUAAAAGUUCAGUUGAUUCUUGGGCUCAUUCAGCAACAGAUUCACUUCAUAAGAUCCAGUGGCCCUCCAUUGGGAAAUUGGAUGCGAGGCCCUUGAAAGUUAUUGAUGUGGUAUCAGUGGUGAUGUGCCCUGAGGAUGGCUUAUUCCCAGGGCUUUAUUGCUCAAAGUUCCUUAAUAGGCCUUGGCUUUCAGAUGGAAAUACGAUGGUUUUAUCCUCUGUUUGGGGUAGCACUCAAGCGAUACUUUCAGUGAAUGUAUCUAGUGGAAAAUUAUCAAGGAUUAGUCCAGACAUGUCGAAAUCUUCUUGGGAUGUCCUUGCUUUGGACGGUGACAAUAUUAUUGCCGGAUGCAGUAGUCCUGUUGAAAUUCCCACAAUCAAGUAUGGCAGCUUGAUUGGGAAGAUAUCUGAAGAUGCAAAAUGGAGUUGGCUGGAUGUUUCAUGCCCAUUGAGCAAAUGCUCUGAAAAGCAGCAGUCCAUUUAUGAUCUCACGCAGACCUCGUCUUUGUUGCGGUCUCUAGAAUUUGAUAUCAUGAAGAUUCCAGUCAGGGACGUGUCUGAGAACUACACAAGAGGUGCAAGCAAACCGUUUGAGGCUAUAUACGUGUCAUCAAAGCCAAAGUCUGGGAAGUCAAAGCUUGACCCAUUAAUUGUAAUCCUUCACGGAGGUCCUCAUUCCGUGUCAUUGUCAAGCUUCACAAAGCCAUCUGCUUUCCUUGCCUCACUUGGUUACAGCUUGCUUAUUGUGAAUUAUAGGUUCCUUCUUACUAACCCACACUUUGGUUUGGCUUUGUUCUGUAGAGGUUCUUUGGGAUUUGGUGAGGAGGCAUUGCAGUCUCUUCCGGGGAAAGUGGGGUCUCAGGAUGUCAAUGAUGUACUCACUGCUAUAGACUAUGUUACCGAUAAAGGACUCGUAGACCCAUCUAAAAUAGCAGUGCUUGGUGGCUCUCAUGGCGGGUUCUUGACAACUCACUUGAUUGGUCAGGCUCCCGACAAAUUUGCAGCUGCAGCAGCUAGAAAUCCUGUGUGUAACCUGGCUUUGAUGGUGGGCACAUCUGAUAUACCUGAUUGGUGUUAUUUCGAGGCUUAUGGUAGUGAAGGAAAAUCUAUCUUUACAGAAUCUCCUUCGGCCGAACACCUUGCUCUGCUUUACAGCAAAUCUCCAAUCUCUCAUAUCUCAAAGGUCAAAACUCCAACACUCUUCCUUCUAGGCGCUCAGGAUCUUCGCGUACCAAUGUCCACUGGUAUACAAUAUGCGCGAGCAAUGAAGGAAAGAGGCAUCGAAACUAAGGUGAUUGUGUUUCCCAAUGAUGUGCAUUCAAUCGAUAGACCGCAGUCUGAUUUUGAGAGCUUCCUUAAUAUUGGAGUAUGGUUCAAGAAGUACUGUACAUAAGAGCAGCUGUGUAUGUUUCUCAUAUUUUAUCCGGAUGAUUCUUGCUUGGAUUUUGUAUUAGUCGCUCUUUAUAAUGUGGGUUGAUUAGUGGUACAAGCCCUUCAUAGCAUCUGUAAUUCAACAAAUGCAGUUUAUUAGUGAGUAUAUCAACAGUAGAAUAAUUUAGUGUUUCAAAUUUAUUUCAUUUAUUGUAACAUAUUUACCACUUUACCUUCUGACUUUCAACUAGAUACCUGGGUUUGUCAACAAAUUAUCUAAGGGUUUAACCGUUUAAGAAGUGUUUGCAGUUCGUCGGUAAUUCUGUUAAAUCGAAGGACAACUGUUCUAUUAUAUUCUUUUUUUAAUGAUUAGUAAAGUGAAUGUG